GCGCAGCUGCUCAGUCUCUCUGUAAGGUUGAGUGGAACACCACUGCUAAGGAGAAGAUGUCCUUCAUCAAAGUUGAUUCAUCGUCGGAUUUCUCCUUCCACAACCUUCCUUACGGAAUAUUCUCCACACCUGAUAAUCCCAAAUGUCGCGUUGGUGUUGCCAUUGGAGACCAGAUACUGGACCUGAGUGUGGUCAAGUCCUUGUUUCGGGGGCCUGUGAUGUCCAAACAUCAGCAUGUCUUUGACCAGCCCACACUGAAUGCUUUCAUGGCUCUUGGUUAUGAGGCGUGGAGGGAGGCCAGGAGGACCUUGCAGGAGUUGCUGUCAGCCAGUGAGAGCACACUGAGAGAUGACGUCAGCCUUCGGAGCAGAGCAUUUGUCCAUCAGAGUACAGCCACCAUGCACCUCCCUGCAGAAAUUGGUGACUACACCGACUUCUACUCCUCCAGAGAUCACGCCACCAAUGUCGGCAUUAUGUUCCGGGGGAAGGAGAAUGCUCUGAUGCCAAACUGGUUGAGGCUUCCAGUGGGAUACCAUGGAAGAGCAUCAUCAGUGGUUGUUUCUGGGACCCCCAUCCGCCGGCCCUCAGGCCAGAUGAGACCUGACCAGACAAAGCCUCCCAUGUUUGGCCCGUCUAAGCAGUUGGACAUUGAGCUGGAGAUGGCCUUCUUUGUUGGAGGAGGGAAUCAGCUCGGGGAGCCCAUUCCCAUCCAGAGAGCCCAUGAACACAUCUUUGGCAUGGUACUCAUGAAUGACUGGAGUGCCAGGGACAUUCAGGCGUGGGAGUAUGUUCCUCUUGGUCCUUUCCUGGGGAAGAACUUUGGGACUACCAUUUCACCCUGGGUCAUCCCAAUGGAGGCGCUAUUACCCUUUGCAGAGCCCAACCCCAUCCAGGAUCCAGAGCCCCUCCCGUACCUGCAACACCCUGACGCUUACACCUUCAACAUCAACCUUUUCGUGUCACUAAAAGGACAGGGCAUGGCAGAGGCAGCAACCAUCUGCAGGUCAAACUUUAAGUACAUGUACUGGACCAUGAAGCAGCAGCUCACCCAUCACACAGUCAACGGUUGCAACGUCAGACCAGGAGACCUGCUGGCCUCCGGAACUAUUAGUGGACCCGAUCCUGGGAGCUUUGGCUCAAUGCUGGAGCUGUCAUGGAGAGGAUCUAAGAGCAUUGACCUGGGAGGAGGAGAGACCAGAACUUUCCUGAAGGACGGAGAUGAAGUCACUAUCACAGGUUACUGUCAAGGAGAUGGAUACAGAGUGGGCUUUGGACCCUGUAUGGGGAUCAUCCUCCCUGCCCUGCAACACUGAAACACACUUCCUCUCAUUAAAGUAGGCAUCCUUUUGAAGAGUGUAAAUAGUGAAAGACAAACCGACACACCUGAAGUAUUUCACCAUGUUUUGACAUCAACUGUCCAUGAAUGGAGACAACUACAACCAAAACCUCCGCUCGCACACUUUCCCACACACCGACACACAUCUCUUUCUCUUAAAAUGACACGUUUCCAGCGUCUUUUAAUAACUGAUUAGCUUUAUUCAGUUUCAUUCAUCUCAGAGCUCUGUAGAGUUGUGACCUUGUCAAAGAAAUCCUCUGUAAUAUUCAUCUAGCAGAGGGAAGUGCCUACAUAACGUCACAUCAGUCGUGCUGCUGUAGCAGGACCACUGUUACUGAUAAUUUAUAUGGGCUAGCCUGAUUCCUAAUGAAUUCAUCAAUUUUUUAACUCACUGCACCCAUGCACAGCUCAUUUAGAAUUCCUUACAGAAAUUACAAACUCUUUAGACAUAUUUGUUACUUUAAGUAUACAUUUUGUAAUAUUCUGUUUUUUUUUCUCAUCAUCAAAUCCUGUGCAGAGCCAAACCAACAAUAAAUUGAUCCUACUAAACAA